GUGAAACGCAAUAAUUUUAUUCAACUCGGUCAUAAGAAUUUUAUUCUUAUCAUGUUUGUGUACGUAUUACCUAUAGUGAAAAUAGUCGUACGCAAUUUAUUACAUUUUUUCUUGUGAAAUAUUUUAUGGGUAUCCCUAUUUGGCAUGAAACAGAUUAUGAAUCCAAUUUUUCUUGAAUUCUGUCUAACGUUGAUUUAGAAUAUUAUUAUAAGUAACAUUUGCCUCCUCCCUACUAAAAGGUGCACUGUUAUGCUGCAAUCGUGUUUAAAAAUGAAGUCGGGCCACAAUGCGAAACGAAUAGUUUAUGUGUUAGCCCAUAGGGCCUACUCCAGGAAAUCUCGACGUGACAGAGAAAUUAGAGGAGAAGAAUUAUUAGAACAAGAAGAUGAGCUCGUUAUGAAAAUUGAAGAUUCUGAGUUCCGAACAAAUCCUAAUUGGCAGCUGCUACCAAGACAUAAAGAUAGUCAGUUCAAAUUACCUAACAAUGUGGGUAUUGCGCCUGAGGACUGCAUCAUAACUACCAGACUAAAUUAUUAUACUCAAGACUGCCCAAUUCUCUUAAAAUCUGAAAUCACAGAGCGAUUCAAUGUUCCUCAUUUGAAAAAUUUCAGCCUGUGUAUGAUUACUAUUAAUUUAAAGCAAACCUCUAAUACAAACAUGUCAAAUUUAACAAAACAGUAUCUACAUGCUGCUUUUGGUAUUAGUGAUCGUCUUCAAAGCGCUGGCUAUUGGGCUGAUUUCAUACAUCCUUAUACUGGACUUCCAGCCAUUAAUCCAGGGGUCAAUAUUGAUUUUUCCACUUUAGAAUUACCAUACAAACAUACUGUUUAUCAAGUCAAUACACGUAGAAAGUGCAAAGUGAUUGUAGAAAAAAUAUCUCCUAAUACUAUUGGUAACUUAUUUACAAAUGCUUUACCUUCAAAAACUGAUGUUGUCGAGGAUAUUUUGGAUGAAGUUAGUGACUUACAUCAAAUUAGCUACGAUUGAAUUUUAUUUUCUAGUUUAAAGUAUAACAUCUUAAUGUCAUUUAUUUUUAAAUAAAUUAUAGAUUAUUAGUUGUGAUAUACUUAUUUAAAACUAUUGUAAUAAAUAACAAAUAAAUCUGUUUAUAUAAUAUUA